AUGCCGAAACAGAACAGCUAUGGUGUCCCUGUCGCGUUGUAUCGAGGCGGUACCAGUAAAGCACUUUUCAUCCAUGAAGAUAUACUCCCUCCACCAGGUCCAGAGAGGGAUCGUCUGUUAAAGCGGAUGAUGGGGUCACCAGACCCGCUUCAGCUUGAUGGAAUGGGCGGGUCAAAAGCGGUUACCUCGAAAAUUGCUAUUAUCAAAAGAUCAACCCGUCAAGGGAUUGAUGUCGACUAUACAUUCGUUCAAGUCGGAGUUUUAGACGACACAAUAUCCUACGGGGGCAAUUGUGGUAACAUAUCGUCCGCAGUUGGACCAUUCGCCAUUGACGAAGGCUUGGUCGAGUUCAGGCCGGGCCGUUCAAUUGAGCCUGGAAUGAAGACACAGGAGGUUCGCAUUUAUAACACUGGCACAAAGAAAGUAAUUGUGGCACACGUCCCGAUUGAUGAAAGCGGAUGCUUUGAAGACCACGGAAACCAGGAGAUUGCCGGCGUUCCAGGCAAGGCGAGUCCUAUUCUGAUGGAUUAUCGAUCAUCUAUUGGAGCAAUCCUCUCUAAAGGAAUUCUUCCGACUGGAAGACCGAUCGAUGUGGUCAACGUGGGUGGAAAGGAUAUCGAGGUGACUGCCUGCGACGUCGCCAACCCAUGUGUAUUCGUCAACGCGCACGACUUCGGUAUCACUGGCUAUGAGAUUGCCGCCGAUCUUACGGCCAACGAAUCCUGGAUUUUAAAAUGCCAAGAGUUACGAGGAAAAGUAGCGGAGCUUCUUGGUUUGACCAACGACUGGACCACCUGGGACACAAUCUCCCCGUUUGCGCCUUUGCCGAUAUUCGUCGCUCCCCCGCAGUAUCCAGCCAAGGGCCAUGUUUCAGCUCGACUUUUCCUCGAUAAAAUGUGCCAUGAAAGCAUGGCUGGCACAGGUGCCAUUUGCUCAGCAGCUUGCAGUCGUGUCCCUGGCACUAUUGUCAACAAACUGAUAGGGAAGGCAGCAGAACUAGACACUCUCGACAUCAUUCAUCCAAUCGGCAUUAUGAGCGUAUGUGUUCAAAUGGAGGGCAACUUGGGAUCCGACGGUCUACCGGUGUUUCGCACACUCUCUUUUGUACGAACCGCGCGUCGUAUCAUGGAUGGGACGGUGUAUAUACCCAAAGGGUUUGCGUCGGCAGAGCCCACGAACAAAACGUCUGAAGAUGCCCCCCCUCUGGUUACAACGAUAUUGGCGGAUUUUGUGCAUCAAACAGAGUACAAACAGCUCGAUGGCCGAACGAAAACAACAUUGAAAAACCUGAUAAUCGACUAUAUCGGUGUUACUGCCGCUGCCACACAGAAAGCCGAGUCCACUGGGCCCGUGUACGAGACUAUCUCAAGGCUCAAUGGAGCAAAUGGCUCCUACACUGUGAUCGGAAAAGAUCAGAAGUUCAAUGCUCAAUAUGCUGCCCUCCUGAACGGGUUCCUUGGUCAUUCCCUCGACUUCGAUGACACGUAUGCGGAUGGUUCUCUGCACGCUGGUGUUACAACCAUAGCGGCAGGGCUUGUAGCCGCCGAGCAUAUAUCUGUCAGUAGUCAAAUCUUUCUCGUCGCACUUGCAGUGGGGUAUGAAGUGACAUGCCGUCUCGGAAGAGCUCUUGGUCAAGCAGCAUACUCGAGAGGAUUCCAUAAUACCGCAACGGCGGGUAUUUUCGGUGCUGUGGCGACCAUUGCUAAGAUUAAGAGUCUUUCCGCACCCGUCAUUGAGAUGGCAUUCGGCCUUGCGGGGUCAAGAGCAGCCGGAUCGAUGCAGUACCUGGAGAAUGGGUCUUGGAACAAGCGACUGCAUCCAGGAUUUGCAGUUCAUGACGCCUGGAUUUGCGUGGAAUUGGCAGAAUCCGGAGUUAUUGGUGCGAAAAAGAUCUUUGAGGGCAAAUUUGGCUUUUUCAACGCAUACACGCCGGCUAAGAUCGAUUACGACAAGCUUCUUUACUCGCUCGGGUCUGAAUGGGAGUUCCUGAAAUCAAUCUGGAAGCCGUAUCCAGCCUGCCGAAUGACGCAUGGACUCAUUGCUAUGGUCGACAAGCUACGAACCCCUAGCACGCUGAACAAGGAUGUCAAGUCUAUCACAAUACGGAUUCCAGAAUAUCAGAUCCCGAUUGUUGGGGCUUCUACACCCAAUAAAAUUCACCCACAGAAUAUUGUGGACGCCCAAUUCUCGGCUUAUUAUCAGGUUGCCUUAGCCUGGCUCCAUGGUGGAUAUACUGGCUGGGCCGGGUAUGAUAGAUUGCAUGAUUCCGACCUUCAUGCUCUAACUGAUCGGGUCAACAUUUUGUCUGAUCAAUCAUUGCUGAAAUUCCAACAAAAGAUAACAAUUGAGUUUGUGGACGGUUCUGCCAUCACAGAGGUCAUUCAGCCUAUGCCGGAGGAUGGAGCUGGAGAGUCCUCCGGCGACAAAGUAUUCGCCAAGUACCUUGGAUUAGCAUCUCCUGUUUACGGAGAGGAUCAAGCGAAGCGCAUUAAGGAAGUCGUGUAUAAUCUUGAGCAGUAUAGGGUGCGGGAACUGAUUGGUCUGAUUUAG